CCAGGGCGGCUCGUGCCAGCUGGAGGGCAAAUACGACGGCGAGGACUUCCAGGCGCUGCUCUCCGCCAUGCAGGUGCUGGGAUUCUCGACACAGGAACAGGACACCAUCUUCAGGAUCCUGGCGGCGGUCCUCCACCUGGGCAACGUGUACUUCCACCGCAAGCAACUCCGUCACGGGCAGGAGGGCGUGGAAAUCGGCAGCGAAGCGGAGAUCAAGUGGGCAUCACACCUCCUGCAGAUCGACGCCGAGGGGAUCAAGAGAGCGCUCACGACGAAGAUCACGGAGGUUUUCCCAAUUUCUCUCGGGAAGGAGGCGAGGAACGAGAGGGUGUUCACGCCCUUGAACAUCGACCAGGCUCUCGACGCCCGUGACGCCGUGGCGAAGGCGCUGUACUCGUCCCUGUUCUCGUGGCUCGUGAGGCGGAUCAACCAGAUCAUUCACAAAGGCUCAAAGAAGACGCACAUUUCCAUUCUCGAUAUCUUUGGGUUCGAGGCUUUCAAGGAAAACAGUUUCGAGCAGCUGUGCAUCAAUUAUGCCAACGAGAAGCUGCAAUACCACUUCAACAAACACAUCUUCAAGUUGGAGCAGCAGGAGUAUGCCAAGGAGAAGAUCGAGUGGCAGAGCAUCGAGUUCCAGGACAACCAGCCUCUGAUCGACCUGGUGGCGCGGAAGCCCGUGGGGAUCCUUCACCUCCUCGACGACGAGAGCAACUUCCCGAAGGCGACCGACCACUCCUUCCUCGAGAAGUGUCACUACAACCACGCCCUCAACGAGCUCUACUCCAGGCCCAGGAUGUCGUCGAUGGAGUUCGGCAUCAAGCAUUACGCGGGCCAGGUGUGGUACAGCGUGGAGGGCUUCCUGGACAAGAAUCGAGACACGCUUCGCAACGAUGUGGUCGAGCUCCUCAUUUCGUCCAAGCUCUCGAUGCUGUCGGAGAUGUUCCUGGACGUGCGACUGUGUUCGGAGAGCAAGACGCUGACGAAGGCGAAUGGGCGAUUCGUGACCAUGAAACCCCGCACGCCCACAGUGUCCGCCCGUUUCAACGACUCGCUCGCACACCUCAUGGAGGGCAUGGCUAAAUGUAACCCGUGGUUCGUCCGCUGCAUCAAGCCUAACAACGAGAAGGCGCCCCUCAAGCUCGACAUGCUGUGCGUCCUGGAGCAGCUGAGAUACGCAGGCAUGCUGGAGACCAUCCGCAUUCGGCAGCAAGGGUUCCCGGUGCGGAUGCGGUUCUUGCAGUUCGCCGAGCGCUACCGGUGCCUGGUGCCCGGUCAAGUGCCUAGGGGCGCCCCCUCUAAGGAGAUCUGCCGCGUGGUGCUGGACCGUGUUUCCCGGGGCUCGAGGACCGCCUACCAGCUCGGGACGACCAAGAUCUUCCUGCGGGAGGCGCUGGAGCAGACGCUGGAGGAGGAGCGCUACCAGAGGCUGUCCAACGCCGUCGUCACGCUGCAGCGAUUCGUCAGGGGAUACUUGGCUAGGAGGAAGUUCCGCUCGCAACGCCGCAGUGCCGUCAUAGUGCAGGCGAUGGUGCGGAUGUGGCUGGAGCGCCGCCGCUAUCCGCACCCUCCGGCCAGGGCGUCGUCAAGGCUCAGGCGCUCGCUCGGGGCCGCAUCACCCGCAGGAAGUUCGUCAAGCUCAAGGAGGAGAUGGCCCGACGCAAGAAGGCCGAGGCGCUGGCGAAGGCGAGGGCCGAGCGGGAGGCGCAGCAGACGAAGGCGGAGCAGGAGCGAGUACAGAGAUCAGUGGCCGGAGUCAACCACCUCGAGAUUCCUGCUGAGUUGGCCUUCAUUCUCUCCAAGAUUAAUGACUGGGAAAAGCCCCACCGAGAGAAGAACAUCCUGAGGGCCGGCGCGCCUGUCCGCCCCGCCGCCAUCCACUAUAGUCUCCCCCACGACAUCGACUAUCACCCGUUUUCUAAGUUCACCAAUGUUUACUUCAAGUCGCACCUGUGGGGCAUGAAGCGCGAGCCCAUCAAGACGCCCUUCCUGUCGAAGGCCCGCGACGCAGACUACAUCGACUCCCUGGCGGUGUUCAAGCUCAUCCUGCGCUUCAUGAACGACCCCACGCUGACGGGCGA